GCCGGGCGAUCCAGUGCAACGGUUAUUGGAGGAGGCGUGUUUCUGCGAGCUGUGCGGGUUACCCGGACCACUGGAUCGUUUCAGGAGCGUUCCUUAUCGUCUCCUGUUCCACUGCUCCGCCAUAGCCCGGGGUUGUGUCGACGGGUAGGGGGAAGCACUGGGCUCUGUGUUUUAACACUGAUGCCGAUAGGCCUCGGGUGUUUUGAUAAAGCCGGUGGGAUCGCAGCUGCAUCCAUCCGGCCGGAGAGCGCUGGACUACUGCCUGCUUUUUAUUAAACGCAAGUGUCGGAUCGCAGUAGACGGUCGUACGCAAAGCGCGUAGCGGCGCCGUCUGAAGCCCCUGGAAGACGGUGAAGGGAGAAGCGCAGUCGCCGGCCGCAGUGCAUCGGCGCCAUGGGUUUGCUGUCACAGGGCUCCCCGCUGGGCUGGGAGGAGACCCGGCGCUACGCCGACUACAUUCGGCAGCACGGCAUCAUACAGUUUUUAAACAUCUACAACAAGGUGAAGGAUCGGCAGAAGGACGUCCUCAAAUGGGGAGACGAGGUGGAAUACAUGCUCGUGGCAAUGGAUGAAGAACAGGAAAAAGUCCGACUCGUGCUGAAUGGGGGAGAGGUUCUGGAAACACUCCAGAACAAUGGUGAGAAGAGCAACCCAAACCAUCCCACACUCUGGAGGCCAGAAUAUGGAAGCUACAUGAUUGAAGGAACUCCAGGGCAGCCGUAUGGUGGGACCAUGUCUGAGUUUAACACCGUGGAGAAGAACAUGGGCAGGAGGCGGCAGGAGGCAUCCUCAGUGCUGGGGAAGAGCGAGACGCUGUGCACCAUCACCUCCUUCCCCAGACUGGGCUGUCCUGGCUUCACCUCGCCAGAAUAUAAACCCACGCCGGUGGAAGAGGGAGUCUCCAAAUCUCUGUUUUUCCCUGAUGAAGCAAUUAACAGACACCCGAGAUUCAGCACCCUGACCAGAAACAUCCGCCACAGACGGGGUGAAAAAGUGACCAUCAACGUCCCGAUUUUUAAGGACAAAAACACGGCGUCUCCAUUCGUGGAGACCUUUCCUGAGGACGACGGUGAGGCCGCGUCGGCAGCCCUGCCUGACCACAUCUACAUGGACGCCAUGGGGUUCGGGAUGGGUAAUUGCUGUCUGCAGGUGACGUUCCAGGCCUGUAGCAUAAGUGAGGCGAGAUACCUGUACGACCAGCUGGCUACCAUGUGCCCCAUAGUGAUGGCCUUGAGUGCAGCCUCUCCGUUCUACAGAGGCUACGUGUCAGACAUCGACUGCCGCUGGGGUGUGAUCUCCGCCUCUGUGGAUGACCGAACGCGUGAGGAAAGGGGCCUGGAGCCACUGAAAAACAGCAAAUUCCGGAUCUUUAAGUCACGAUACGAUUCGAUUGACAGCUACCUCUCCGGCUGUGGCGAAAAAUACAAUGACAUAGAGUUAACGAUAGACGAGGAGAUCUACAGACAGCUUCUGGAGGCAGGUAUCGACAAACUGCUCGCUCAACAUAUUGCGCACCUCUUCAUCCGAGACCCACUCUCUGUGUUCGAGGAGAAGAUUAAUCUGGAUGACGACAAUGAGUCGGAUCACUUUGAGAAUAUUCAGUCGACCAACUGGCAGACUAUGAGGUUCAAACCACCCCCCCCAAACUCCGAUAUUGGAUGGAGAGUGGAAUUCCGCCCCAUGGAGGUCCAGCUGACUGACUUCGAGAAUGCUGCCUACGUUGUUUUCAUUGUGUUACUGACCAGGGUCAUUCUGUCUUACAAGAUGAACUUCCUGAUCCCCUUGUCGAAGGUAGACGAGAACAUGAAGGUCGCCCAGAAACGCAAUGCUGUGCUGGAUGGGAAGUUUUACUUCCGGAAGGAUAUUUUUAAAGGCUGCAAUGCUGUAGUGGAGGGAGCUCCAGCCACCCCAAACGGCCUGGAGAGCGGCGAUGACCAUGAGGAAUACACCCUGAUGACAAUCGAUGAGAUCAUCAAUGGAAAGGAGGGCGUCUUCCAAGGACUCAUUCCCAUCCUCAACUGCUACCUGGAGAACAUGGAGGUGGAUGUAGACACGCGCUGCACCAUACUGAAUUAUCUGAAGCUAAUCAAGAAACGAGCCUCAGGUCAGCUGAUGACUAUGGCAAAAUGGAUGCGGGAUUUCGUCUCUAAGCACCCGGAGUACAAGCAGGACAGCGUGAUCACUGACAAAAUCAACUAUGACCUCCUUCGGAAGUGUGACCACAUUGCCAAUGGACAUGAGCACUGCCCCGACCUUCUAGGGGAGCCAGUCAACCGUGGAAAAUAAAGGCCGUUCUGAGGCGCUAACGAAAUUCCCAAAUGUUUCGGUUUUCAAAUCCCUCUUUCUGCACAAAAUGACCAAACCUUUGGCUGAAGACGGCAGCCAGUGGUCCAUUCUGAUUAACUUGGUGGGGAAAGAAGCCCACCCCAAAUGAAGGGCAAUUAUGCUGGACCUUAGCUGGAAAAAAGCUGUACAUAUUUUUCUCCUGGUAUUUAUGGGUAACAGAUUUCUUUCUGCACACAUGACAGGCUCCUCAUGUGCUUUCACAGGAGUUUACUGUAAAUACUGUACAGUGGACGUCGUCAUGCCCAUUAUAACCCGCAUCUAACUCGAUUUUAAUUUUAUGUAUUCUUUUGAUCGAAUGAUACUCCAGUAUCUUUAGGGAGCAUUUGCUGUGAUGUUGCGCUGAUUAGCAUCGUAAUGCUAUGUUGCUGAAGGCUAAUCAUUCACCAUUUUGAACGGAGUAAAGGUAUUUUUUUAAAAUAUAAUAUGAGGGGCUUACUGUGCAUUUCAGAAGUUUUUCCCUUAAUACAUAUUGCCUAAAUAAUGAUUAGCAGGAAUUCUAACUAGCAAAGUUCAGUUUUUAUAUUCUAAUAUGAAUCUUGUCCUUUAUUCAUGCAGGUUUCCUUUAUUUUUGUAUCUGAUAAACAUGGACUGGAAAGCUGACCUACCAUAACUUGACAUCUGUGAAUUUAAUGAGCAUCCAUCUGUCAAUCCAUGUAUUUUGUGUAACUGGUUUGGAGAGCCGGGUCACUGUAGGGUCAAAGCCUAUCCCAAGUUAAAAAUGUGACUUACCUUUUUUCUUCCACUAGAGGGAGCCGGAGAAUAAAUUUACGUUCAGUUCA